AUGAUACUUAAUCCUGUGGGAGGAUUCGUUCGGUAUGUACGAAGGAUUACUCGUCGAAUAUUAGGUCCUCCAAACCCCACAAAUACUUUACCGCCUCCUCAAACAUCUGUAACGUUCUCAUCAACAAUAGGUAAACGGUCCAACUCAUUUUCACCUGAUCGAUAUGUCAAGAGACAUUCUCUGCCUCAUGCUUUAUAUCCAUUCUUGGCAUUAUGGAUAGGAUGUUUUAUCAUAUUGGUUCGACAACAGUAUUACGUACCGAAUGCACCCACGAUUAUAAGUUGUGAAGCUUCACCGUGGGAUGAUUGGCCUCCUGAUUUAUGUGGAUUGGCAGGUGGGAAUUGUGAGGAUGAUUUGACUGGAAUAGAUGGUAAAACAUUUAGAUGUUUGGGUGGUUGUGCAGGUAGUAAACUGGGUAAUCCACGUUAUGUGGGCUCAGAAAAGAUCAACGGGAAACCUUUAGUUAUAGGUGGUGGUGAUGAUGAAAAGACUUAUAGAGCCGACUCUUGGGUUUGUCCAUCAGCAUUGCAUUCUUCAAUCAUAUCAUCAACUUUAGGUGGAUGUGUUAAUUUUCAUUCGUUGCCUUAUCCAACAGGAUAUUCAUAUUACAAAUCAAAAUAUUCCAACAAUAUCAACUCAACUUCUUUUGAACCUGAUUAUCCAGGAGCUUUUAGGCUAUCAUCAUCAACAAAUCUAACCAAUGGUUGUAUCGAUUUACACUAUAUUGCAACUGGAUUUAACGCAUUCUGUUUAUCCAUAACUACAUUAUUCUUAAAACCACCUUCAAGUUUAUUAUUCACUCUAUUAUUAGUAGGAGGAUAUUUUCACUUGACAUUAUUCAGUGACCCACCUAAUACACCACCUAAUUGGGAAACGAUAUUUUCAAUAUUACCUACAGUAUUAUUGACUGGAUAUUGGAUGUGGUUUAUGUCUUUUAAAGAAACAAUGAAAGGUUUUAAAGAAUUACCUUUCGAACUUUGUUUGUGGCAAGGUCUAGGUUUUUGGAUAGGGAUUGAAAGUUCUGUUAUAUUUAAUAAAUUACCUAUUACAAGGUUGGGUUAUGAUCCUUUAGAUCCAGCUGGGAUUAUAGCUUUGACAAUCAUAAUUAUAUUGGCUGUCAUCGUCGUUCUGAUACAAGCUUGGGAAAUGAGGAAAUAUGGUUUACUGAGGUAUUACUUGAUCAGGUACAUCCCGGUAAUUCCACUUAUCAUAAUACUCGUUUUCAUACCUGGAUAUACAUUUAGACCACAUCAUUACUUAUUCGCUUUAUUGGCUAUACCAGUUUUAUCUCUUCCCAACAGGAUAUCAUUAUUCGGACAAGCCUUUGCUUUAGGUUUAUUCCUUGACGGAGUGGGAAGAUGGGGAUGGGAUGGGAUAAUUCAACUUACAGGAUCGUUGGUUGGAGAUGCAGACGUUGGUAGUUUCAUCCCUUCGUUUUGGAAUAAUAUGACUACUUCAACUACUCUGUAUUGGGAUCCAAUCAAUACUAUUGAAAAGGUAUAUAACGUUACUGGAUAUUCAAUCUUGAUUGAUGAUAUACAGAAAUCAUCGGAUUAUACUAAUUCCUCUAUCGAUAUGACCACGCUCGAUUUGACUGAAGGGAUAGAUCAUUACGUCAGAUUAGCGUACAUUGCCAAUGGAUCUUCGCUCGAUUUCACAGAUCCAGUAGUCUGGUACACUAACUCGUCAUGGUCGGAACUAUGGUCAUCGACUUCUCAAGGAGGAGAUAAUAUCACAGCAGAGCAAACUGGAUCAUAG